UUGACAUUUAAACAUCAUUUUUUUUUAUAGUAAAAGAAAUCAUUCCACAUAAAGUAAUAAAUUUUUUAAUGUAAUCCUUACAAAUCUUUACAAACGAAAAAUUAUAUCGUGUCAACGUAAAGUGCUGAUCAUCUUGAAAGUGACUUUUUCUUUAGAUGGGUUAAUUAAUUAUAGAGAACCCACAAUGAUAUUUAGUCCCUCAAAUAAUACUUAACUCUUAUUCAACACACAAAUUACCAUCAUGCAAAACUAUAAAUUAUUAAUUUGAAUACUGUGAAACACAAUUUUCAAAAUUGAUUUAUAGUAAAAUACGUUAAAUAAGUACAUUGAUUUAUUGUAAACCGUGAAGAGAAAAUUGGCGAAGAUUUUAUAUUGAUAGGUGGUGCCUAUACAAUACAUUAAAAAAGUGAAAAAGCGAGGGACAAUGACUAUAAAAAGUCGCGAGAAAUAUUCAGAUUUAAACAAAUUCCACAUUUGAGUAUUGUGUAGUUUGCACUACUUUGUAAACAUUUAUUAAGCCAAAAUCCAACCUUUUAAAGUUGGUGCAGAAUUGCUAUACUGUAGGCUGAUGAAGUGUCUGUCUUUAAAGAUUCGAUUAAUCAAAAAUGAAACAAAUCAUGAACAUCAAGUGAUAAAAUCCUUUUUUUUUACACAAAAUGAUUAUUGGAAUGAUGUAAAGAAUAGAAUAUAUAACAUAUUUUUCUGCCCGCGCUUUCAUACUUAAACAGGAAGCACAGAAACAGAUCAGUAUAACUUCUACCUUCAAUUAAAUUACAUUCGAUUGUGGAAAGUUGAAUGACAUAACGACAAAGCAAUUGAGAUAGAAUUCCAAAUUUUGCAAUUUGUUGACAAUGAAUUUUGUUACGAGAUGCUAAUACAUAAUACUUCGAAACAAAACAUAAAUUGAAUUAGAGGAAAUAUGCAAGAAAAAGAAGGGUCCGACAAGCUAUGUCGUUUAAAACGACCCGCUAAUUGUCGUGACGGAAAAGCAUCUGUCUAUUGAAGAGGUACAAAUGUUCAAAAUUGUAUUAAAUUUUGUUUAGCAAUUAAAACUGUAAACUUCUGAUAUUAACACGAUAUAUGUAUAUGUGUAUAUAUCGAGCAGGUAAUAAUUUAAAAAGAAUGAAUAGGAAACAUUGUUUCAACUACACCUUAUUUUAAAACCAAAUAUUCAUCUUAGUACUGAUAUAUUCGAAGUCGUACGUGAUUCAUUUACGUACCUCGUAAUCUGUGUAACAUCUUUUUAAGUGAAUUUAUUUUACAUAUAAAUAAUACAUAUUAUAAAUUAAAAAAUACAAAAAGUCAAAGAAACAUAGGAGAAAAACUGACACAAAUAUUUUAUUGCUUGAGAUAUAUUAUGAAGAAUUCAUUAUAUCAAAUACUUAAAACUGUUAAUGAAACAUUGAUAUCAAUAAUGUACCUCUUAUGUAUAAACAAAUACUAUCAGAUGCUAUGACAUUGAAAAAAGACAAGUUGAAUUACGGCCUUAGACCUAGUCGUGUAUAUAAGAGAAAUGAAGGCAAAGACGAUCCUUAUUUGAGAGAUAGUUGAGUGUGUGGCAUCGUUAGACACAAAUUUUAUAUCGAAGAGAUUUAAAAAAAACAUCAAAAUAAAGUCAAUGCGUUAAAAGCCAAUUUAAGUAUUAGAAACAUAUGAAAAUAUAGAACAAUAUAAAUAUAUAAUUUAUAGUCAAAUUUAAUCAAUAAUAGUCUAACAUAACCUUUAUAAACUGAAUGUGAUGCAGAAAACCGCUAUAUCGAAAACACAUGUUUUUAAAAUAUUUCCAUUCAAAAAGUAAGUGGAAUUUUAAUUCUCACAAUGAAGACACAAAAUUGGAAUGAACUCAAAGUGCCUUUAAGUAAACCUGUGUUGAAAACCAUUAAAGAAUUGAAAUUUUCUCAUAUGACACCUGUGCAGGCAGCUUCUAUACCACUAUUAUUAGAAGGCAAAGAUGUUGCAGCAGAAGCAGUAACAGGAAGUGGGAAAACAAUAGCUUUCUUAGUUCCUUUAUUAGAAAUAUUACAGAAACGAGAAGAAAAAUGGAAACCUAUGGAAAUUGGAGCAAUAAUAAUUAGUCCUACACGAGAACUAGCAGUACAAAUAAAUGAAGUUCUACAACAAUUUUUAAAUAACAUUCCAAAUUUGAAGGAAGUAUUACUUGUUGGUGGUACAACAAUCACAGAAGAUAUAGACAAUUUCAAAGCUGGGGCAAACAUUAUUGUAGCAACACCUGGUAGAUUAGAGGAUAUAUUGUCUAACUGUAAAAGUAUCAACUUAGCAGCAUGUGUGAAAUCUCUGGAAAUACUGAUCUUAGACGAAGCAGACAGAUUAUUGGAUCUAGGUUUUUCUGCAACAAUAGAUACAAUAUUAAGUUAUUUACCACGUCUCAGAAGGACAGGUUUAUUUUCUGCAACUCAAACCAAAGAAUUGCAACAUCUAAUAAGAGCAGGACUGAGAAAUCCAGCUCUAAUAACUGUUAAAGAAAAGGCAAAUGUUUCAACACCAUCAAACUUAAAAAAUAAUUAUACCAUUGUAAAUGCAGAAUAUAAAUUGUCUAUGAUGAUAGAUUUUAUUCAGAAUCAAGGAACUAAUCUAAAAUAUAUGAUCUUUUUGUCUACCUGUGCCUGUGUUGAUUACUUCAAUUCUGUUAUACAAGCAAUGUUACCAUCAAUUAAAGUACUUGCAAUACAUGGUAAAAUGAAAAAUAAACGGUACAAAGUAUUUAAUGAAUUUCGGCUUGUAAAGAAUGGAAUUUUAAUUUGCACAGAUGUAAUGGCUCGUGGUAUUGAUAUUUCUGAAGUAGAUUGGGUACUACAGUAUGAUCCACCAUGUUCAGCUAGUAGUUUUGUUCAUAGAUGUGGUAGAACUGCUAGAAUUGGUAAUGAAGGAAAUGCGUUGUUGUUUCUGCUAGAAACAGAAGAUGCAUAUGUAGAUUUUAUUAAACGAAACCAAAAAGUAAAUUUACAAAAGAUAAACUUAGAACCGUCUGUAACUUCGUACGAAAAGUGUUUAAAGUGUAUGAGAGAUUUACAAAAAGAAGAUCGACUUUUUUUUGACAAAGCCAAUAAAGCAUUUGUAUCGUAUGUACAAGCGUACAAUAAACACGAAUGUAAUUUAAUUUUACGACUUAAAGACAUUGAUCUAGGGAAACUUGCGAUGGGUUUUGGUUUAUUGCGAAUGCCUCGAAUGCCCGAACUUAAAGGGAAAAGUAUAUCAUCUUUUGAAGAAGAUGAUAUCGAUAUUAAUUCAAUUGCUUAUUCAGAUAAACAAAAAGAAAAAAGUCGUUUAGAGAAAUUAAAAAUUUUCCAAGAUAAUGGAAUUUGGCCUGUGACGUAUAAACGAAAACGCAAACAAACUGAAUCAUGGUCUCAAGUAAAAAAGAGAAAAUUAGAGAAACAAGAGAAUCGUAAAAAACGAAAGGAGAAGAAAAUGAAACAAAACGAAUCAGUAGAUGCAAAGAAAAAAAAGAAAAAGAAAUUAAAUGAACAAGAUAUUGAAGAAUUAGCAAAAGAUAUAGCUUUGAUUAAAAAAUUGAAAAAAAAGAAGAUUUCUCAAGAAGAAUUUGAUGCAGCAUUUGGAAUUGAUUGAAAAAGUGAAUAAAAGUUACAAAUAUUGUUAUCUUUUUGUAUGUGUGUAUAUAUAAAACACUAUCAUCUAAUAAUCAGCAGAUAAACAAAUAUGCAAAAAUAUUUUUGUGAUGUCUAUGUAAGCCAUUUUCACAUACAUUCAGUAUGUAUAAAGAGCAGCACUUAUUCAGAAAAGCAUGAACAUGUGGCUAUACUUUUUUUAAAUUAGAAAUUUUAGUACAUUUGAACAAUUUAUAAAAAUAUUUGGAAAUAUAAUUUGUACAGCAUCGAUACUAUACAUAUAGUAUGUGUAUACAUGAAAUCUUUUUGAAGAGAUCUCAGUAUAUGAGUGAACCCCCAUUUACUACAUUACAGUGUAGAAGGGGGAAAU